UAUUUGCCUACUUAUGUGGCAUUGUGCACAGUGCACGUACUUUCGACUUUCACUUUGCAUUCGCAAGGCUAAGGAUUAGCUUGCAGUUUUUUCAGAAGAGGGGUCUAGAUCUACACCUCAUAAACUGUUGCAGUCUGCAUGACCAAGCACGAAGACUAGAUUCUAAAUCUCUUUCGUCUCUGCUAAAUUUAGGUACUUAACACGAUUGAAGAGAUGUCCGACUUCAAUGCAUCAGAUCAUACUCACCGUAGGUACAACCCUUUAGUUGAUGAAUGGAUUGUGGUGUCACCACAAAGAGCAAAGCGUCCCUGGCUGGGCCAAGUUGAAAAGGCAGCAGCUGAUGCCACACCUCGACAUGACCCCAAAAAUCCUUUGUGCCCCAGGGUGACUCGUCCAAAUGGUCAAGUGAAUCCUGAUUACAAAAACACUUUUGUGUUUGAUAAUGAUUUUCCUGCCUUGUUGCCUGAUGGACCAGAACCACCUGAGAAUGACGAUCCACUCUUCCAGUCUGGUUCAGCUCAUGGAAAGUGCAGAGUGAUAUGUUUCCAUCCUUGGUCCGAUCUGACACUUCCUUUGAUGAACGUCACAGAUAUACGCUGUGUUAUUGAUACUUGGGUAAAAGAGAGUGUUGACUUGGGCAAGAAAUUCCGUUGGGUUCAGAUAUUUGAGAACAGAGGUGCUGUGAUGGGUUGUUCUAACCCUCAUCCCCAUUGUCAGAUCUGGGCAUGUUCUUUUUUCCCUGAUGAACCUUCGAAGAAAGACAAAAAUCAGAGGACUUUUAAAGAGAAGUAUGGAAAAACUAUGCUGGUGGAUUACCUGGAAAAGGAGCUUGUUAAAAAAGAGCGUAUAAUAUUGGAGUCCAAACACUGGGUGUGGCUUGUUCCCUAUUGGGCCACAUGGCCGUUUGAGACUAUGCUGUUGCCACGAAGGCACAUCCUGCGCUUUGAAGAUCAGACUGAUGAGGAGAAAAAUGACUUGUCUCAGAUUCUAAAAGAGCUGCUCACCGUGUACGACAACCUGUUUGAGGUUUCCUUCCCCUAUUGCAUGGGCUGGCAGGGUGCUCCAACGGGUAGCAGCCUGACUGAGGAUUGCAGUCACUGGCAGCUUCACGGUGUCUUCUACCCACCUUUACUCCGCUCGGCUACUGUCAAGAAGUUCAUGGUGGGCUUUGAAAUGCUGGCAAGUGCCCAAAGGGAUAUGACAGCUGAGCAGGCUGCUGAGAGGCUGAGGAAUUUGCCAAGGGUUCACUACAAGAACAAAGAGGGAAGUCAGUAGCCGGAUAUACUACCUAGAACAACCAUGUCUUUGGAGAAUCUGUCUUGUGUGCCUUGUGCUAGCAUAAAGGGAUUGGAUAUACUUUGGCUUUUUUGUGUCUGUAGAGGACAACUGAACAUUUUCUAGAGAUCUGAUGUCUGAUUGGUUGAUGCUGUUCUGCUUUGUAUGAGGGUUGAUUUAUUUAUUCCACAGUUGAGCACAGAUUACUCGUUCUCAUGUAACAUUCUGUUUGUUUUGAGUUUUUC